UGAUGCUGACUAUAUAAGCCUGCCCAGAGAGGUGAUGAUGACACAAUAACACACAUACUGUACCUGUUCUGCAGCAGCGUCCAGCAGCAGCAGAGGUUCCAGAUGAAGACAGAGAGUGUUGGAGCUCAGCCGGCUCCGUUCAACGGGAGGAAGCAGAGUCUGAUCGAGGAUGCUCGGAGGGACCGCAACAGCAGCUCGGUGGCUCUGGGCUCUCCGGAACCGUCCAAGUACCCAGACGGGUUAGUGUUCGAGGAGAAGGACGGAAGAGUCACCCUCAACGUCCUCUUCAGCCUCUGCAGCGAGAAAAACGCAGGGUUCUUCAAGACAGGGAAAAUAUUCGAGACGUUUGAUGCUAAACUUCUCCACAUCGAAAGCCGACCGGGAAGGAAGUCGAAAAACAGCACGACGGACCUGGAGUUCUUCAUGAAGUGUGAAGUUCACAGCUCCGACCUGGACGUCUUCAUCAACUCACUGAAGAGAGUCGUCGACGAUGUUCGCUCCAUACCAGAAGAGAAAGUUCCCUGGUUUCCCCGACAGAUAAAAGACCUCGACAGAUGCAACAUGUUAAUAACCAAAUAUGAUCCGGACAUGGACCAGGACCAUCCAGGAUUCAGCGAUCCAGAAUACAGAAAAAGACGAGCUUUCAUCUCAGAGCUCGCCUUCAGAUACAAACAGGGGGAACCGCUGCCCACCGUGGAGUACACAGCAGAGGAAGUGUCCACAUGGAGGGAGGUUUACCAGCAGCUGCGGGGUAUUUAUCCCAGUCUGGCCUGCCGGCAGUUCAUGGACGGGCUGCAGCAGCUGGAGAAGGAGUGCGGCUACGGAGAGGACCGCAUCCCUCAGCUCAGAGAGGUCUCCGCCUUCCUGAAAGAGAGAACUGGUUUCCAGCUGCGUCCAGUUGCCGGCCUGCUGUCAGCCAGAGACUUCCUCAACAGUUUGGCCUUCAGGGUGUUUCAGUGCACACAAUACAUCCGUCACUCCUCAGCACCCAUGCAUUCGCCCGAGCCAGACUGCUGUCAUGAACUACUCGGCCAUAUCCCCAUGCUGGCAGAUAAAGAGUUCGCCCAGUUUUCACAGGAGAUUGGACUCGCCUCACUUGGAGCUUCAGAUGAAGACAUUGAGAAGCUAUCGACGUUAUACUGGUUCACGGUGGAGUUCGGCCUCUGCAAGCAGAACGGGACGGUGAAAGCGUACGGCGCCGGACUCCUGUCGUCAUACGGAGAGCUUGUUUACGCUCUGUCUAACGAGCCGGAGUACAAACCGUUUAACCCCGAGGAGACGGCGGUGCAGCCGUACCAGGACCAGACCUACCAGCCGGUUUACUUUGUGGCUGAGAGCUUUGAGGAUGCAAAGACUAAAAUGAGGAGAUACUCUGCAAACAUCAAGCGUCCCUUCGCGGUUCGCUACGACCCCUUUACCUGCAGCGUAGAGGUUCUAGAUCAGACCAGCAAGAUCCAGAACUCUCUGAGCCAGAUGAGAGAAGACCUGAAGACCCUCCACAGCGCCCUGGAGAAGUUCAGCUCAUCUUAAGACCGGGGGAUCUGGAGAGAGAAGAAAGGAUGAACAUUUGGCCUGUAUUAAUAAGAGAUCUACGAUUAUGAACAGCACAUGAAGAAACUCAUAAUGUAGUUUGUGAGCUUCCACAUGGCCAUUUGUUUGUGUGUAUAAUGUAUAAUGUAAAAAGAAAUAAACUUUUAUUUUCAUCAAAAAGU